UGUCUUCAGUUCUGUGGCGCUGAAGAUGGCCGAGCAGCGCGAGCCCGUACGCCAGGGAAUGCGGAUCGCUGUGUUGUGUCUGUGCUGGUACACCGUCAGCUCGGGCGGCAACGUGAUCAACAAAAUCAUCCUCAACAGCUUCCCCUACCCGGUCACCGUUUCUCUCUUUCACAUCCUAUCCAUCAUCGUGUUUCUGCCGCCGCUGCUGCGAGCAUGGGGGGUACCGCGAACCGAGUUCCCGGUCCCGUACUACCGCUGGUUCAUUCUGCCGCUCGCUUUCGGGAAAUACUUCGCCUCCGUCUCGGCCCACUUCAGCAUAUGGAAGGUUCCGGUGUCGUACGCGCACACGGUGAAGGCCACCAUGCCCAUCUGGGUGGUUCUGCUGUCACGGAUAAUCAUGAAAGAGAAGCAAACUACUAAGGUUUAUGUCUCUCUCAUACCCAUCAUCGGAGGUGUCCUGUUGGCUACGGUCACUGAAUUGUCCUUUGACCUCUCUGGAUUGAUCAGCGCACUUGCAGCCACACUCUGCUUCUCCUUACAAAACAUUUUCUCCAAAAAGGUCCUGCGUGACACGAGGAUCCAUCACCUGCAGCUGCUGAACAUGCUGGGCUUCAAUGCGCUUAUGUUUAUGCUUCCCACAUGGCUCUUAGUGGAUCUCUCAUCAUUCCUCAUGGAAGGAGAUAUGGCGGAUGUUACCAACGGGACAGGAACCUUAGUGCUGCUUCUCAUCAGCGGGUUCUGCAACUUUGCACAGAACAUGAUCGCUUUCAGCGUGCUAAAUCUGGUCAGCCCGCUGAGUUACGCCGUGGCCAAUGCGACAAAGAGGAUCAUGGUCAUCACAAUAUCCCUGCUGAUGCUCAGAAACCCCGUCAACACCUCCAACAUCAUCGGCAUGCUGACGGCAAUACUGGGCGUCUUCCUCUACAACAAGGCGAAAUACGACGACAACCAGGAAGCCAAAAAGAAACUGCUGCCGGUUUCUGCGCAGGAUCUGGUUUCAUUCGACAAGCCCCAGUCCAACGGCACAAUUCCUUUCGCGCACACUACAGACUUUCAGCACGGGCGGACCACGGUCCUCACCGACCACUUUCAGUACAGCCGACAGGCCUACACAACAAACCACAGCUCCAGCCAGUAUGUUGUGUGAGUCGAGCACUUCGAAGGACUCUAAAGACUGAUCUCAGACCUCCGUAUUUGAGAACGGGCGGCCGCUUCUUUCAUAUGGACCUGGACUAGUUGAAGUUGGAAAAGGAAUGUUCUCUCAUCCUACUGCGUCUUUUCCCAUACAGACCUGUUAUUUAUUUUGUUGCAGAUCUUAUAUUGUCCAUUUCCCCUUUGUGAAGGUAGUCAGUGAGAAAAUGCGUGCGUUGAAUUAUUGUCGUGGGGAAAAAAUGGCACUUGAAGGAUCAAAAGAGUGAUUUGCACGAGGCGCAUUUUAAUGCGGUUCAGAAUGUAACGCAUCGCCGUCAUGCUACUGUAAGUGAGUGACAGAUAGACAAACAUCAAGACCUCUGCCAUACAUCAUACACUGGCUCACAGCAAAUACCAAUGCAUCAGGGUAUUAGUCAAUAUUCCUGUCUGGGUUUGUGUCUCCUGUUUGUAAAUAUUUUAUUUAUUUUUAUAGUGGGGGGUGCGUUUAUUAGACCAUAUCAUAAACUGAAAACACUUUUUGGAAUGUCAGUGUCUGUGAAGAAAUCCUUUGGAUUUGUUGUUUUCUCCCCUCUUUUGGGUUGAUGAUAGAAGAGGGUCAUUGUACAAGAUCAUGUGAAUCAUUACAUGCAUGAUGAUGAUGAUUAUUAUUAUUUUCUUUAAGGUGAAGCAGUAUGUGUGAAAUGACAGUGGACAUUUAUAUGCAAUAGACAUCACUAAUGAAUUUGUACAAUAUUAAAAUUGUUGUCGAGCAUUUACAGAACUGGUUAGAGAUGAAAACACGAUUCUUAUAUUCUCCAUCAGAUAUUAAAAACUGUCUUCGUAAGAUCGAGGAUAUUAAGAAGCUGCUGUUUCUCAAUGUGAUACUGUGAGGACAGUCCUCCAAAAAGGUGCAAUAUUGUUUUCAAUCAUGAUAUCUUUCAAUGACUUAAAUGGGGGACAUGUGCAUAUAACACACUGUGCUCCAUUUGCCGUCCCAGAGGAAAUCCGCAGUCAUUGAACAGACGUUUUCUGUACUGGUAGGAACAUGACACAAAUCUUUCACAGGUUUCUUUGUUGAACUUCACGCCAGUUUUAGUUUUUUCCUCGAUUUACCAACGUUUCUUUCUUCUCUAAAGUGUCUUGCUGCUGGAAAGUAUGACACAGCUCGGCAAAAGCAUGCACAGUGGCGGCAUUACUCGGAAAAGAUAAAAUGUAGAGUUUUAUAUUUUGUUGCGAAUCCAUUGCACAGUAAAGAUGUGUCUUGACUGAUGAGCUUCAUGGAAGGAUUCACUUUUUUUAUUGGAAUGUUCAAAUGUCUCAAAGUGGUUUAUUGGUAUUGUGUAUAAUGUCAGCAGCUUGGAAUGAAAGGUUGUCUAUGGGUGUGGUCUUAAUCAUUUUUCCUGUUUUUAUUGGUUCAUAGCUAUCACUGUUAUUCUAUGAUGUCACUGGGGGAGUGGCUUAGCUUGAGUUCUUUUGAUUGGUGCAGAUUUGUCCUUUUUGAGCCAGUUAAUUGUAAUUUCUUUGUAAACGUAAACAAAAUUGAACAUCCAUCUUUAUUAAUACGUUGUCAUUUUGACAGUUCAAAGUGCAAAGUCAAUAUUCAUAAACAGACCCGAAACCUUGAAUAUAACCAUCGGAUCAGUACCAAUAUUACAACGACCUUCAUAUUCAGAUAAUCAUGCAGUACUGUAGUAUUUGAUGUUCAUUGACUUGUUUUGAUCAGCUUCAGAAUCUUUAAGCUCUUAGACCUUCAUAUGGGUUUCAUGUGUGUCUCUAUAUUAUGACAGUCAUGUUGAGUCUCAUUUAGUUGUUUUUCUAUGUUAUAUUUGAUUUUAAGAUGCCUUGGUACGGUUAAUGUUACAUUUUAUCUUGUCAACCUUAAGGUUAUAAGAUGAAUUAUUUUUAAAUGUGAAAAUAAAGAUGAAUUGAUAAGA